GAGGAAGUUCUGGAAAGUUCUGGGAGUAAUGAUAUAAAUGGGUCGGGCUCGUGAGCGCGGUGUGUACCGAUUAUAACCGCCAGAGUCCGGAGAACACGAUACCGCGGAGAUAACGGGCAGAGACCGGGAAGAGACCGCGCUGAGACCGGGGAGAGACCGGGCUGCACUGCCGCUGUAACCGCUGAGAUCUGCGGGGAUUGUGCGGGGUUGUUGCGGGGCUGAGAGGAGCGUCAUGGCCGUGGUGGGGUUUGACGUGGGUUUUCAGAGCUGCUUCACCGCCGUGGUGAAAAACGGGGGGAUAGAAACCGUGACCAACGAGUUCACCGACCGCUGCACACCAGCUGUCGUGUCGUUUGGCCCGAAGAACAGGACUAUUGGGAACGCUGCAAGGAACCAGAUUAUUACCAACCCCGGCAGCACUGUGUGUAAUUUUAAGAGGCUGCACGGCCGGCUGUUUCAGGACCCCGUCGUUCAGGCAGAGAGGACCAAUUUACCGUAUGAUCUGGUGCCGCUGCAGGACGACAGAGUCGGAGCAAAGGUUUCGUAUUUGGAGAAGGAGCACCAGUUCAGCAUUGAGCAGAUUACCGCCAUGCUGCUGACUAAGAUGAAGGAAAGCGCAGAGGCCAGUCUUCAGAAGAAAGUCGCUGAGUGUGUCAUCUCUAUCCCUUCAUUCUUCACUGAUUCAGAGAGGAGGUCCGUACUGGAUGCUGCCAAGAUUGCGGGUCUGAACUGCCUGAGGCUGAUGAACGACACCACCGCAGUGGCUCUGAAUUACGGGAUCUACAAGCAGGACCUGCCCGGGUCUGAGGAGAAGCCCCGGAUCGUCUUCUUUGUAGAUAUGGGACAUUCAGCCUUUCAGGUUUCUGCCUGUGCCUUUAAUAAAGGCAAGCUGAAGGUACUGUCCACUGCUUUUGAUCCGUAUUUGGGCGGCAGAGACUUUGAUCAGAGGCUGGUGGAUUAUUUCUGCUCCGAGUUCAAGACCAAGUACAAGCUGGACGUGAAGUCCAGGGUUCGAGCUCUGCUGCGGCUCCAGCAGGAGUGCGAGAAGCUGAAGAAACUGAUGAGCAGCAACUCCACAGACAUCCCUCUCAAUAUCGAGUGCUUUAUGGAUGAUAAGGACGUGUCGGGGAAGAUGAGCAGGGCGAAGUUUGAGGAGCUGUGUGCAGAUCUGAUCGAGCGAGUGACGGUUCCUUUGGUGGCGGCUCUGGAACAGGCUCAGGUGCAGCUUCAGGACAUCAGCGCUGUGGAGAUCGUGGGAGGAGCCACGCGGAUCCCCGCGGUGAAAACGCAGAUCAGCAGAUUCUUCAGACGAGACGUGAGCACCACGCUGAACGCCGACGAGGCCGUGGCCAGAGGCUGUGCUUUACAGUGCGCCAUGCUCUCCCCUGCAUUUAAAGUGCGAGAUUUCUCCAUCACAGAUGUUAUCCCGUUCCCCAUCUCCCUCUGCUGGAGCAGCGAAUCAGACGAGGCCAAAGCUUGUCAUGAGAUUUUUGGCAAGAACCACCCCUCGCCAUCUUCCAAACUUAUCACAUUCCACAGGAAUAAACCCUUUGUUCUGGAAGCGUUUUAUUCCGAUCCUGGAUCCCUGCCAUUCCCCGAGGCCAAGAUUGGGGAGUAUAAGGUGGAGAACGUCCCGCCGCAGGACAGUGGAGACAAAUGGAAGGUGAAGGUGAAGAUUGAGAUGGACGGCAGUGGUGUGAUGAGUGUGAGCUCAGCCAGCGUGGUGAUGAGGGUCAGUGCUACAGAUGCUGAAGGAGAUCUUGGAGAAAACACAGCUGAGGAGAUCAGCGCUGUGAACGACGCUGAGGGACAGGACAAGACACAGGAGACAAGUGAUCAAACUGUCCUAGACAGAGAAACUCCGCCCACAUGUCCCCCCAUGGACAAAGAGCUGAAUCUCACAAACUCGCUCAGCCAGAACGGAGGAGAGUUCACCUCUCAGCCCCCCAACGCUAAAAAAGCCAAGAUGAAGGUCAGACAUGUGGGACUGCCCAUCGAGCAGAAACUCACUCUGCAGCUCCCCAAAGAUCACCUGAACACUCUGAUCGAGCUGGAGAAGCGAAUGAUCCAGCAGGACCAGCAGGAGAAGGAGAGGAACAACACCAAAAACGCCGUGGAGGAGAACGUCUACUUCUACCGACACAAGCUGGACGGUCCCUACCAGUCCUUCCUGAGCUCUAGUGAGAAGCAGAAGUUCUUCGAGCUGUUGGAUCUCACCGAGAGCUGGUUAUAUGAUGAAGGAGCAGAUCAGGACAAGCAGACGUAUCUCCACAAACUCCAGGAAAUCCACAAGCUGGGCAUGCCUGUUAAAGACAGAUACCAGGAGUCUGUGAAGAGACCCAAGCUGUUCCAGGAGCUCUCGGCCAGACUACACAAGUACAGCACCAUCAUGGAGGAGUACGAGAGCAGGAGUGAAGGCUACAAGCACAUCGAUGAGCCGGAGAUGGAGAAGGUGAGGGUGUGUGUGAGCGAGACGCAGCAGUGGAUGACCACCAUGAAGGACUCUCAGGACCUGCUGAGUCCUGAGGACGAGCCGGCGGUUCACAGCACUCAGAUCUACCAGAAACUACAGACGCUGCUAAAUGUGUGUGAGGAGAUUGUUUCCAAACCCAAACCCAGAGUGGAUUCCCCCUCUGAGGACAGCAUGCAGACAGAGUGUACCAUCAGUAAGAAGAGUCCAGAGGACGUAACGAUGGAGGACGGGGAAAUGUUACUAAAUGGAGAAGGAAAUGGCCACGAAGGAGAUUAAAUAGUGUUUAAAAUAAAGAAUGUAUGAUAUAAAUGCCAUGAAUAAAUCAAUCAAUCAAUCAAAACAGGCGGUAACACCUUCUUUUACAGUCCUCCAGGCUCUGGGUUAUUAAUCGGGUAAGAUUUUGGUAGAAUCUGUCUUAUAAAGUGUAAUGAAAGUACAUAAAUAGCUCAUAAACAGAUUUACGAUAUUUAUGUACAGUAUUUGUGAAUUCACAAUGAAAUUUACUGUCUUUUUUUUAUUAGGCAGCGUUGAGUUACUGAUCAUAUUAAAUGGCAAUGGCUUAAAAAAAAGUAACAAUAAUUGCUUUCUUAUAGAAAUGCAUAUAGAGAUAUAUGCCAUAUAUCAUGGGACAGGAAGUAGAAUUGUCUCCCAUGACUUUUGCCAUUUUCCAGGCCAUGGCCGAAAGAGUUAAAUCUUUAAUCUUUGCAGAAAAUGAAGCAUUUCUCAUAAUUUCUCCUAGAAAAUAACUAAAUAUUUUGUUAUGCAAACCUUUAUUACCUGUAACCGAAAAAAAAAAAAAUAAUAUAUUUACCUAAUAUUAUACCAUAGUUAGUUCCGACCCUGCAAUGUGAUUGGCUGAGAGGCGUUCUAUGAGUGCCGUUAUCAGCCGGUAAUGCACUGUAACUAACCAAAGCUCUUCAUGUAUUACUCCGCCACAUACAGUACAGGUAACCUAGCAACAAUGCAGCGCUUACAAACCAAACAGCGCAGCUACAAACAGAGCAGCAAUAGAACUAUUUUAACUGGCGGAGUUUUUAUAACCAAACAGAUCCUAUUUUCUCCUCCUCUUUAACUCUUUAAAAUCUUUCACUAAACAGUGAUAAUGAAACUGUGGUAUAAUAAUCACAUAAUACACUCGAGGUUCGUGCUAUAACGUGCUGAUCUACGACCGCAGCACGAAUCUCGAGUGUAUUAUUGCAUAAAUCACUUAAUAAUAAUAAUAAUAAAAUAAUAAUAAGUUGCACACCCUUCAAUCAAUUGUUUUAUCUUUAACCUCCACUAUAUUUGAACGUAGGUAACGUUUUUUUCACAUUUUGUGUGAAAUUAUUCUGUGCAUACUAAUACACAGAAAUUAAAAAAUAAAUGUGUAUAACAAAACGUUAAAUUGAAAUAAUUUUCUAGGAGAAAUACUUGUGUGUGGGGUCUCCUGCAUUAAAUGUGUGUUGUAUGUUUGUUUGUCUGCAUGCACAUUUCUAACCAGAAGCCACCAGCCUGCACUGUUUUAUUUAUUUUAUUAACAUGUAAUAUUGCAUUAUUAGUAAUAUUAUUGAGUUUCUUUUUUCUCAUAUCCUUCCUAAUCCAAGAAAUUCAAAUAAAUUUAAAUUUUCAAAAAUAAUAAUCCACACACACACCUGGUUAACAUCAAGGGCUUGAGCUUUGGGGACUAUAAAAGACAGUUUUACCAUUAAAAAUACCUGUAUUUUGAUUUUUUUUAUUUUAAAUAAAGAUGACUGUCCUGUA